AUGGGACUGUUGUAUCACAGUAUGCAGGAAUUGUCUGGUUAUGAACUUGAGUCUGACUUAAACAAAUUUGUCGAGACAUGUCGAAAUGAUGAGUCUCUUGUGAAAAAGAAACACUGGCAAGAAGCUUAUACAAUCUUUAGGUUAUUGCUCAAACAAGGUUGUCCAGCGGAGACAGAUGAAAUUACUGACAGGACAAUUCUAGACAAGCAGAUUAUUCAUGGAGCUUUAUACAAACUUUGGAAGGAUGAAUACAUAGAUUCAGAGAGAGUCAAUUCUGCAACAGGAACAGGAAACACACAGUUCUUUGUGUGGAGAGUGAAAAAUACAUUUCGGGAACAGUUCAUCGAUCAUCUUUAUCAUGCUGCUUUAAAUUUGCACCAAAUGUUCAAUUACAUGGCUGAACUUCUACUCGAGGGUUCAAAGGAUGAAACCAAGCUUCGUAACAGAAAGAACAUUUUGAUCCUAGCUCUCACUAGACAUGAUGAGUCCCUCAUGCUGUUCCAUUAUUUUUUAGAACACUGGAACAGGUGCUGGUCCGUCCUAAAUGUAAAUAUUGGACUAUGUAAACUUAGAUGA